AUGGCGGCCGCGGUGCUGCUUCGAGGCGCGGUUCCGGGGCGAGGCGGCUCAGCCUGGGGCUGGCGGCUGCGCCUGGCCCCGAAGCGCCGCCUGGCCCACAGCUCCAGUAGUCCUGGCGGCAGCCCCGCGGGCGGAGAGUCUUGGGCCUGCUUCCGGCUGGACAAGCGCGCCCUGGUGCGCGUGCGCGGCCCGGACGCGGUGCCCUUCCUGCUGGGGCUUCUGACCAAUGAACUGCCGCUUCCUGGUCCCUCUGACGGGGACGCCCCGCCUCCUACGCGUGCGGGCUACGCCCAUUUCCUGAACGUGCAGGGCCGGACGCUCUAUGACGUCAUUUUGUAUGGGUUCCAGGAGCGCGAGGAGGAGACGCCCGGUUUCCUGCUGGAGUGCGACGGCUCGGUACAGGGCGAGCUGCUGAAGCACCUGGCGCUGUACAGGAUCCGGCGGAAGGUCUCGGUGGAGCCCCACCCGGACCUGCGCGUGUGGUCCGUGCUGCCCUGCACCUCCGAGCCUGGUGGGACCUUGCCACUGCAGGAGCUGACGGAGACCGCCAUCCUCACCUGUGAUCCCCGGACAGUGCGCAUGGGUUGGCGACUCCUCACUCAGGAUGAGGGCCCAGUCUUGGUGACCCGGGGACGGCUCGGGGACCUCCGCGAUUAUCACCGGUACCGGUACCUGCAAGGUGUUCCUGAGGGUGUCUGCGACCUGCCUCCGGGGGUGGCGUUGCCCCUGGAGUCCAACCUUGCCUUCAUGAAUGGUGUGAGCUUCACCAAAGGCUGCUACAUCGGUCAGGAGCUGACGGCCCGCACCCACCACCUGGGCAUCGUCCGCAAGCGCCUCUUCCCCGUGCUCCUCUCAGGGCCACUCCCGCCCGCCGGCAUCGCCCCGGGUGCUGUCGUGCUGACUGCACAGGGACAGGUGGCCGGCAAGUUCAGGGCCGGCCAGGGGGAUGUAGGGCUGGCCCUGCUGCAGUCGGAGAAAAUUAAGGGUCCCCUCCACAUUGGCACCUCAGAGGGCGGCCAGGUGGCCUUGACCGCAUCUGUGCCUGAUUGGUGGCCCGCAGCCUCCAAGUAGCCCUGCCUUGGACUCCCGCAGGCAUGUACCUGCAGAGGGCCCACUCUAUGGUGGCCCUCUCCUGGGAGCUCUGUGGCU